AUGAAUAGUCUGGGCGAUAAUAGGGCACUGUUGCAUGUCCUUUCUCUCUCAGAGAAUACAUCUCGGAGUCCUGAUGAUAUUCUCGCUAGUGCAAUCGCGGGUGGCGUUGUCAGGGUCUUCGCUGAUGAGAAGAAACGAUAUAUUGACGCGGUGCUGCUUCCUUCUUCACUUGACCUCACGACCUUAGCAACGUUCAUUACAGAUGGCUUUUUUACGCCCUUUCUUCGCUCUGCUCUGGGCGAUCAUCUGCCGCGGUACACGAUCCUGACAGAGUCAGGUUGCUUUGAGCUGUUGUCCCUACCAGUGCUUCUGUUUCCUGACUGUUUUUCGUCACCGCCCUCACCAGAGGUCAUACUUUCCAGAAACUCAUCCUCUGAAGGCAUCUCCAUGGUGUCCGCGUCCGCGCUUCAGGCGGAAGUAGUUGACGUUGUGCAGCUUCACCAGCACCGUUCUCAGGUGGGACUGUUACUUCUGAAAAGUGUAAAUGAUGUUUUGCGAGAUGCGGAAGUGUGGAAACUGAGGGUAUCCAGAGAGAAGACACCGACAGGAAACUCUGAACUGCCCGCCAUCAAUGCUGUAAUGGCGCUUUUCUAUGAGGCAAAGAUGCUGUUGCUCUGCUGUAUUGUGAGUACCCAGAAGGCGUACGCAGUGGGAGUGAAGCCUUGCGCUAAGGGCCACAAUUUUGCACAGAAUUACUUUAGUGAACUUUUUACGUUGGAUGAACUCCGUGGGAUAUUCGACCACCGCGGUCGGCCCUCCGCGGAGGAUGUGGAAAAGUGGUACGACGCCAGGAUGCACGCGCUGAUUGGAGAGGCUUUCAUGAAGGAGGGCGAGCUGCAAGAAUAUGUUAAUGGGUUGCAGCAAUCAUUGGCAGAGGAUGAGCGGCGGAUAACAGGAGCCCCGAUAUCCCUUAUGCAUCGUCCGCACGAUGCGGCGAGCACGACGCUCAUUCACCUCCCGUGUGUUCACUGCGAACUUCCAAGACUUACAUUACAACCCGGUGAGAUGACGCUUCUCCUGUUUGACUCUGCAGGCGUGUCUCUGCUAUUUGAUGCGGAGCCAUCAAAGCUGUGCCUGCUGCUACGCCGCUGCGCGUCCGUGAAACUGACGGCGUCGCAGCUGCGAAGUGCGGAUGUACAACUGGCGAGCUUCCCUUGGAGUCAGCUUUGCGAUGCUGUCGUGAAGUCUGUUGAAUAUCAUCUUUCCAACGAUAAAUUCUUGUCACUCUUGCUUGAAAAAAAUAGUUCUAUUCUACUGAUAUUGGUGCAGUGGCUAACAAAGGUACCCACAGUUGUUGACGACGCGACAGUUGUGGGCUUGAAUGAAGCAAGACGGCAUGAGGCUUUGGGUGCGUCCAUGGCAGACCACAUCAUUGAACACGUCAUUUUCUCCUCCUCCUUUGGGGCCGCUAGCGCGCAAUUCAUACGUGGGGCGGUGGGCUGCGCUGCACUGAGCGAGGCACUUUUCUAUGCAUGGGUGGAUCGCUCUCUAACCGAAUUGGAGAACAAACCACCAGCGUUGAUUGGGCUCUUUGCGCUUGUUGUUGUCUUUUUUCUUGCGCAACGAGGAUGGGACUUGCCAGAGGCAACCCGCGAACCUGCCAUCCGGCUCUGCGCACAACAUAAGCAGCAGCCAGAUUGCCUUACCCUGCUCAACCACCUCCGACGCCAUUCCCAGUAG